AUGAUCCUUCUGAACACCUUUGUGAGGUGCCUUUUGACGUGUCUCAUGCUCUGCAGUGGCAGAGCACACUCCGCUGAUUCUGACACGAACGACACCACGCCGGCGUCCGCAAAGCAUCUUCAGACAACUUCUUUGCUAACGUGCAUGGAUAACUCGCAAUUAACAGCUUCUUUCUUUGAUGUGAAGUUUUACCCUGGAAACAACACCAUCAUCUUUGAUAUCGACGCUACCACGACACUGAACGGGAACGUCACUGUGAAGGCGGAGCUGCUUGCCUACGGGCUUAAGAUCCUGGACAGAACUUUUGACUUGUGUUCCCUGAAUGAAGUGUCGCUGUGCCCCCUAAGUGCUGGGCGUAUCGACAUCAUGUCCACGUAUGUGAUCGAAGCCUCUAUUACCAAGCAGUUUCCCGGCAUUGCGUACACGAUUCCAGAUCUGGACGCCCAGGUCCGUGUGGUAGCGUACUCACAAAACGAUACCAGUUUCGAAACCCCGCUCGCUUGCGUGCAGGCCAUUCUGAGCAACGGGAAAACAGUGCAGACCAAGUAUGCAUCAUGGCCCAUCGCUGCCAUCUCAGGUGUUGGUGUACUCACUUCCGGGUUCGUGUCUGUGAUCGGUUACUCCUCCACCGCCACCCAUAUUGCCUCCAACUCGAUCUCGCUGUUCAUCUACUUUCAGAACUUAGCCAUCACUGCCAUGAUGGGUGUUUCCAGGGUCCCGCCCAUCGCUGCCGCAUGGACGCAGAAUUUCCAAUGGUCGAUGGGUAUCAUCAAUGCCGGCUUUAUGCAGAAGAUUUUCCACUGGUACGUGCAAGCCACUAACGGUGUUUCCAACGUCGUGGUGGCCAACAAGGACGUGUUGUCUAUCAGCGUGCAGAAAAAACGUGGUAUCUCCGUUGCCUCGUCUAGCGAUUACAAUUUCGACUCCAUUCUGGAUGACUCGAAUCUGUACACUACUUCCGAAAAGGAUCCAAGUGACUACUCGACCAAGAUCCUCGUGCUAAGAGGUAUUGAAAGAGUCGCAUAUUUGGCAAACAUCGAACUGUCCAAUUUUUUCUUGACAGGGAUUGUUUUCUUCCUGUUCUUUGUCUUCGUUGUUAUUGUUUCUUUGAUUUUCUUCAAAGCCUUACUAGAAGUCCUGACAAGAGCCGGGAUUUUGAAAGAGACAUCCAAUUUCUUCCAGUACCGGAAAAACUGGGGGAGCAUUAUCAAGGGUACUCUUUUCAGACUGUCAAUCAUCGCGUUCCCUCAAGUCUCGCUAUUGACCAUUUGGGAAUUCACCCAAGUAGACUCCCCGGCAGUAGUCGUCGACGCGGUCGUGAUCCUGUUGGUCAUCACUGGGCUGUUAGUUUACGGAACCACAAGAGUUUUAAUUAAGGGGAGGGAGUCGCUCAGACUAUACAAGAACCCCGCAUAUUUGCUUUACAGUGAUACCUACUUCUUAAACAAAUUUGGGUUCUUGUACGUGCAAUUCAAAGCAGACAGAUUUUGGUGGCUUUUACCCCUACUGAGUUAUGCCUUUUUAAGAUCGCUUUUUGUUGCUGUUUUACAAAACCAAGGUAAGGCCCAGGCCAUGAUUAUUUUUAUCAUUGAAUUGGUGUAUUUCGUUUGCCUGUGCUGGAUAAGGCCAUAUUUGGACAAGAGAACCAACAUUUUCAAUAUUGCUAUCCACUUGGUCAAUAUGAUCAACGCGUUUUUCUUUUUAUUCUUCAGUAAUUUGUUCAAACAGCCAGCAGUGGUCUCCUCGGUGAUGGCGGUGAUUUUGUUUGUUUUGAAUGCAGUGUUCGCUUUGUUCUUACUACUAUUCACCAUUGUCACCUGUACUUUGGCAUUGCUUCACAGAAAUCCGGAUGUUCGUUACCAACCAAUGAAAGACGACCGUGUGUCCUUCAUCCCCAAGAUUCAAAAUGAUUUCGACGACGAAAACAAAAACGAUGCCGAGCUAUUCGAAAUGAGGAAGGCCGUCAUGGACACCAAUGAGAAUGAGCAGGAAAAAUUGUUCCGUGACGAUACCUUCGGCAAGAAUCUCAAUACAACCACGAAUACGACUAGGCUAUUCGACGACGAAACGAGUUCAUCCUCUUUCAAACAGACCUCGUCUCCCUUUGACAGCUCGGAUGUAACGGAGCAACCGGUACAACCUACAUCUGCCGUUAUGGGCACAGGUGGUAACUUUCUGUCUCCACAAUACCAACGCGCCUCAUCUGUGUCCCGCACCAACUUGGUACCAAAUAAUUUGAGCACAUCCAGCUUGAAAAAACCCGAAUCAAGUCUUUACGUCGGGACUUCCAAUCAAUCAUAUUCGCAUUUUAACAAUAACAACAACAAUACCAACGGCCGUAAUACUAACCCAUACUUGUAA